AUUUGACAACACUGGUUGCCAAUUAGCUGCAAGCAAACAACCACAAAAAAAUAAACUGGCGAAUUAAAACGCUUAAAUCAGUUUUAUUUUAAUAGCAGUCUAACCAAUGACAACCAUGUCGCUGGAUGACUCGAUGGAGCUGCUGGACAGCCCCUUGCCAAGUCGUCUCCAAACCCCAAUGGACGCCCUGUGCCGCGUUUGCCACAUUUCAUCGCCCCUCUGUUUGCCGCUUUUCAAGCCACUUGAUAAUUUGAUUUCCGGAAGACUAACAACUUUGGCCAACAUAUUGAAGUUCUGCACCGGCCUGGAGGUCUUGGAGACGGAGCUCUUCCUGCCCCACCACAUUUGCCCGAGAUGCGUGGAAAAAUUAUGGCUGGCGGUGGAUUUCAAGCGGAGGGUCCACCAGAUGGACAAACUUCUGAGACAAAGUCAUUUGGAGUUUUGCCGCAACCAAAGGAACAAUGAACCGAAAACCAAGGCUGGGAUGUCGCCUCAAAUCAAAGAGGACUUUAUCUUUGACCUAGAUGACCAGGAAAUGGCAGACGAUCCCCAGCAGGAGCUGAAAAAUCAAGAGGAACCUAGCCCAAACGAGGAGGAAAACCUGAACUUGGAGGCAGAUCAGGAGAUGGAGCUUAUUCUGCAGGAAGAGAGGCUGGAUCUGGAGUUGGAGGCCCAGGAGGCAAUCGCAGAGAUGGAGCAGCAUCACACCAUUGAAGUGCUGCGACUGGGAGGCAAAACCAAGAAAGUUCAGCCAGCUAAAAUUCCCAAUCCCUUGCUUAAGUGUGCGGUCGGUCGCAAGCAGCUUAGCAGCAACAGGACCCUCAAGUCCCAUUUAAGGCUCCAUUGCCCACAAAGCGUUGGAGAAACCCUCCAAAUACAGCCCCUUUUGCAGGGCAAAGCUGGUGAAGAUCUCUAUGAAAUUGUGGAUGUGCCGGAGCAAUCUGUAGUGAAGGCGUUAUCCACCAACAGAAGGCGAGCGAACUAUCCUAAUCCCGCGCUGCAGUGUCCGGUCUGUGGCAAGCAACUGAGCACCAAUCGGAAUUUCAAGAACCAUGUAAAACUCCAUGGUCCGUUCAACAAUGGCCAAGAAAACAGUCCACAAGAGUCCCAGUUGCAGGCCAAAGCUGGCGACGAUCUCUAUCAGAUUGUGGAGGAGCCAGAGGAGCAACCACUGGCGAUGCAAAAGCCUUUGGCCAGCAGGAGCCGGCAAGGGAAACCCCAUAAUCCCUUGCUGCAGUGUCAGAUUUGCGACAAGCAACUGAGCACCAACAACUCGUUCAAGUACCACAUGCAGCUGCAUGGCACGGCCACGCCGUACGCAUGCAAGAUAUGCGGCAAGUCCUUCAAGACGCGCAACGCCCACGACGGCCAUGUGACGCUGCACGAUGUGAACAAUCCGAACAGGUGCCCCACCUGCUCCAAGGUCUACCGGCAGGCCUCCUCGCUGCGUACCCAUCUGCUGAUCCACAGCGGCAUUAAGCCGUUCGAAUGCACCGUGUGUGGCAAGCGGCUGACCCAAAAGUCCGGCUACAAGAAGCACAUGCUCACCCACACGGGCGAGAAGCCGCAUGGCUGCGACAUCUGCGGCCGCAGUUUCCGGUACUCGAGCAACCUGAUUGCCCACAAGCGGUGCCACAGCCAGGAGAAGCCCCACCACUGCCAGGUGUGCCAGAAGCGCAGCUUCGGCAGUCGCUCCGAGCUGAACCGCCACAUGCUGGUCCACAGCAGCGAUCGGCCGUUCGGCUGCGACGAGUGCGGCAAGUCCUUCAAGCGGCAGGUCUCCCUCGGCAUCCACCUGCAGUCGCACAAGGAGGGCACGAAGCGGAAGAAGGACGAUCGGAACAUGCAUCCGGACAGUCACGAAGAGACCUGAUCCCAGACCUAGACUUUACCUUGUACAUCUCUUUAUAUGCAGAAUGGUUAAUUAGUUAAUAGUUACUUAAUUAUUUCUAUCUUAUUGAAACACAGGAUGAUAUUCGUUUGUUUUUCCCUUUCAAUGGGAAUUAAUUAUUUAAUUUCCUUUGGAUUAUUCCCUGCCCAUUUAAAAGUUUGUUUUACAGUCAAAUAACCAAUAAACGAAUUCCCCUUCCUUAUUUAAACUAUAAAUAUGUAAGUUUUUAGGUCAGAAUAUAUCUCUAUAUUUCUUCAUAAACAAAAUGGUUAUUAGGUCAUAGUUACUUUUUAAUUUGUUAAAAUUAUGUUUAAUAUUCGACACCAAAAAGCAGGUUUCCUAAUGAAAAACUGUAGGUGCUAAAUUCAUUCACUUUCAUGUUAUAAUUAAUUAUUUCAUUUCUUUUGGAUUAUUACCUGUCCAUUUAAAAGUCACAUUUAAAGUAAAAAAAAACCAAGAAGUAAACGAAAUACACUUGCUUCUCUAAAACUAAAUAGUUAAGUAUUUAAUUUUGUGUAUAUCUGUAUAUCUCUUCAUAUAGAAAAUAGUUAUUUAGUUUAUAUUUUUAAAAUGCGACACCAAAAAACAU